GACGCUCGCGCGCGCGAUGACGCGCGAGGACCGCGCCGAGCGCGGUGGUGCGUCGAGCGGCGACCGCGCGACGCGACGCGACGCGACGACGGCGCAGCGGCUGACGUUUCUCGCCAUGGCGCCGGUGUUCGCGCUGUCGUUUCAACUCUCGAUCUUCGCGUCGACCGACGGCGCGCGCGUCGAUCGACGCGCGCGACGAUCGCCCGGAUUCGAGUGGGGCAAGUUCAUGACGCGGAGCGUCGCGAACGCGCGGUUCAAGCUCGCGCCCGGGAGCGGGACGCUGGCGAGGGAGAAGCGAAGGACGGUGUGGUUGUGCAACCAUCGCGCGUGGAGCGACUUCUUCCUGGACAUUUAUCUCACCGAAGGACGCGCGUUCACGAUGAGCCGAAUGCUCGUCGCGUACGCGUUUCCGCUGUUCAUGGUGCCGGCGAUGGUGUGCGGGGUGGUGUUCGGAUUUAAACGCGACGCGGGGGAUAAGGAGAAAUUAAACGCCGCGCUCGACGCGCACUUUGACGCCUUCGGCGGCGAAUUCGCGGGCAUGGUGUGUUACCCGGAAGGCACGCGAAACGUGAGAGAAAACUCGAUGCCGUUGAAGCGUGGGAUGCUGAGGUACGCGCACUCGCGGAAGAUGGCGGUGCAGUGCGUGUGCACGGCGAGGAAAGAGCGGGUGUUUAGUUCGCAUUUGACGUGCGCCGAGCGCGGGUUGGCGUUGCCGGUGUAUUUCGCCGAGGUCAUUCACGCCGAGGAUUACCCAGAUUUCGAGGACUUUUACAACGAGAUUCGCUCGAGAUGGGACAACGCGUGGAGCGCGGCGAACGGGGUGAGCGCGGCGGAGGCGGAAUCGCUUCCGGAUUACACGCCUCGAGAGCACGUCGUUCGGUGCACGCCUCGUCACGACGCCGUCAUCGUGUCGAGCGCUCUGCUCACCGUCCUCGGCGUCGCCUUGACUUGGCGCGCGUGUUCGAAAUUGUUGUAGCGCAGCGCGUCGCCUCGCGCGCUCGCGCCGUCGUCGCUCGCGC